UAGGGUGUUGAGACACAGCUAGAGACACAGAUAGAGAUGGCUGAGACACAGAUAGUCAUGGAUGAGACACAGAUAGUCUUGGAUGAGACACAGGAAGACAUGGAUGACAAACUGAAAGACAUGGCUGAGACACAGAUAGUCAUGGAUGGCACACAAAUAGUCUUGGCUGAGACACAGAUAGUCAUGACUGAGACACAUAUAGAGAUGGCUGAGACACAGAUAGUCAUGACUGAGACACAGAUAGUCAUGGAGGAGACACAGAAAGAGAUGGAUGACACCCCGAAAGACAUGGUUGAGACACAGAUAGUCUUGGACGAGACACCGAAAGACAUGGACGAGACACCGAAAGACAUGGAUGAGACACCGAAAGACAUGGACGAGACACCGAAAGACAUGGACGAGACACAGAUAGUCUUGGACGAGACACCGAAAGACAUGGACGAGACACCGAAAGACAUGGAUGAGACACAGAAAGACAUGGAUGAGACACCGAAAGACAUGGAUGAGAUACGUACUUCUUCCGUGUUUGUCACUGAAGGAGACAGUCGCAGUGGCAGCUAUGGAGGGCAGAGACAGGAGGAGGUGGAUGGAGAGGUUCCCGGGGGGUUGCUGGAGACAGAGAAGACGCCAGGCCAGGGACAGGGCACCCUAGAACAGCUGAGACAGAGACAGCAGGAGGACCAGGAGGAGAUGGAGGAGUUGAACCGCAGGAGAGAGGAGAAACGCAGAGCCAGGGAGGAGGAGGAGCACCAGAGAGAGAAAGAGGAGCAGCGCAGACAGGAGCAGGAGGAGGAGGAGAGGAAGAGGGUGAAAGACGGGAUGGAGAGCAGGAGGGCGUCGGCUUCAGAGAGAAGGAUGAAGAACCUCAGUAUUUCCAGCAUUGAGGGAGACGAGUCCUUCAGCCCCUUCAGUCCCAUGAGCCCCACCUUCAAGAAUGACACGGAGGAGAGGAUGACGUCUGAGAAUACCUGCACGAUCAACGAGAGGACUGAGUCUCUGAACCGCUCUCUGCAGAAAAGUAACAGCAUCAAGAAGACCCAGCCUCCCAUCCCCAUCUCCAAGAUCGACGACAGGCUGGAACAGUACACUCAUGCCAUAGAGACGUCCUCUAAGGAAGCCAAGGCUGCCAGGCAGCAGGCUCUGACGGACCUGCCCAGCCCCACUGAGCCUGUGGCCUCCAAGAAGAACCUGUUUGAGGCCGGAGAAGCUUGGAGCCAGACGCCCAGGGAAACACCUUCCAAGGAUACAGAGGGUCUGAACGUAGGCGUGGCCGACCUCAUCCACCAAUGGGUGAAAGGGAACCCAGACGGAAGCUGCAAAAGCCUCUCCAAGCCAGCAGAGGUGAAGGCCGGUGAUGUUCUGAGCAAGAAGAACCUCUGGGAGAACCUAGGAGACUCUUCCCCGUCUGGGAGAGCAGGGAAGGGAGCUUCCUCUGGUAAAAAGUACAAAUUUGUGAUGAUGGCUCACGGCAAGUAUGAGAAGGUUGCCGUCGGUGAUGAUGAUUACAACGAGCACACAAACGGGAAAUCAACUGGACAAUGACUUGAGGAAUGGUGAAGAACAGACGUUGGACUGUGAUUUACUUCAACGAUCACUUCACAUCAUAUUUAUCAUUCAUUCCAUUUAGCCGACAUAUUCCUCUUAAAAACAACAUUUAGAUCAACAUUUCUGAAGCAUAUGCAGCAUGUUAUGUGUACCAGUGGAUUUUCUCUAUAGCAACACACUGCCAACCUGGUAUAAAAUUAUUCACAAACGGUCAAAAAUAUACAAUUAUGCAAAAAUAUUAAUGUUUGUACUCGUUUAUUUUGGACAAUCUUAUCCAUGAUGUCUUUUAGUGAAUAAUGUGUUUUAAUUUACUAUUUUGUUAACUUUAAUAAAAAAUAAAAAAAAUAAAGUAAAUGAAUGAGGUAAAUGUGCCA